AUGAGCAGCAGCGGCAGGAAGAUCAAGAUCGUCGCCUUCUCCGGCGCUCUCCGCAAGAGCUCGGCCAACGCCGGACUGGUGCGCGCGGCCGCCGAGCUGGCCAAGGGCGUCGACGGCAUCGAGUUUGAAGUGGUCACCGACCUCAUCGGCCAGCUGCCGCUCUACGACGGCGACAUCGAGACCGAGGGCUUCAAGGGCGUCGUCAAGCAGUGGCGCGAGGUCAUCCGAUCGGCCGACGCGCUGCUCAUCGCCACGCCCGAGUACAACUACAGCAUUCCCGGCACCCUCAAGAACGCCAUCGAUUGGGCGUCGCGGCCCGACGACCAGACCUACUCGUCGUUCCCCACCUUCGACAAGCCGGUCGCCAUCAUGGGCGCCGGUGGCGGCAUGGGCACGAGCCGGGCGCAGUAUCACUUGAGGCAGGUGGGCGUCUACCUCAACUGGCACUUCGUCAACCGACCGGAGGUCAACGUCAACCUGUGGGGCGGCAAGCAGAUCGCCGACUCCGACGGCAACCUCAUCGACGACGCCACCCGAGGCCAGGUGAAGGCGCUGCUGGACGCGCUGGUCGAGUGGACCAAGCGACUCAACGCCGGCAAGUUCGGAGCCGGAGCGAGCGCCGAAGCUAAGGAGAGCAACAAGACCGAUAGCGACAGCGGCAAGAAGGAGAAGAAGGCCAAGAAGGAGAAGAAGGAAAAGAAGGCCAAGAAGGAGAAGAGCUCGCAAUAA